GGUCUGGGCCGGACCGGGACCGGGACCUGGACCUGGGGCCGCGGGUGCGGGUCGGGGCGGCGGGAUGGGAGCGAACAGCGGCAAGGAGUGCGGCAGCAACGGUAAAGGCAGCUCAAGCAUUUCGUCGGACAUCAGUUCGAGCACAGAUCACACGCUGACCAAAGCUGCAAGGAAUGCAGCUGCCAGUGAAGAUUCUGACUUGAGUUUGCGGACAUUGAACACUCCCAGCCCAGCGCUGAUCUACAGUGUGACCACAGCGCCCGUACAGAAUGGCCAGACAUCCUCCACUUCAUCGUCGUCUGUCACCGGGGAGGCCACCACUAAGGUGCCGACCCUGGUGCCCGUCCCCCCUUGUGGCAUCAGGCCGGCCUCCAGGCUGCGGAGAGAACAGUCUCCCAUCGACAGACUGCCAGACCACACGCUGAUCGAGAUGUUCUCACACCUCCCCACCAACCAGCUGUGUCGAUGCACCAGGGUAUGUCGGCGCUGGUACAGUCUGUGCUGGGAUCCACGCCUCUGGAGGACAAUCCGUCUAACGGACGAGACAGUCAACGUGGACAAAGCACUGCGUGUGCUGACGCGUCGACUGUGUCAGGACACGCCCAACGUGUGCCUCAUGCUGGAGAACCUCAUCAUCCUGAGCUGCCGACGCCUGUCUGACAGGGGCCUCUACACAAUUGCUCAGUGCUGCCCCGAGCUGCGGCAGCUGGAAGUACCUGGUUGCUACAACAUCUCCAAUGAAGCACUCUAUGACCUGGUCUCACGGUGUCCCAACCUGGAGCAGCUGGACGUUUCAGGUUGCUCCAAGAUAACCUGCAUCAGUCUGACGAAGGAGGCUUGUGUGAAACUCUCCCCACUUCACGGGAAGCAAACCUCCAUCCGUUACCUGAACAUGACCGACUGCUUUCUCCUGGAGGACCAGGGGCUGCACACGAUAGCAGCCCACUGCACGCAGCUGACACACCUGUACUUGCGCAGGUGUAUCCGUGUCACCGACGAGGGCCUGCACUUCCUCAUGCUUUAUUGCACCACAAUCAAAGAGCUGAGCGUCAGUGACUGCCGGGCGGUGACUGACUUUGGGAUGAGAGAGGUGGCAAAGCUGGAAGCACACCUGAAGUAUCUCAGCAUUGCUCACUGCGUGCGGAUCACGGAUGUUGGAGUCCGCUACAUAGCCAAGUACUGCAGCAAACUGCGCUACCUGAAUGCACGAGGUUGCGAUGGGCUGACUGACCACGGCAUUGAGUACCUGGCCAAGAACUGCACAAAACUCAAGUCCCUGGACAUUGGCAAGUGCCUGCUGGUUUCUGAUGCUGGCAUGGAGGUUCUGGCACUGAACUGCUACAACCUCAAGAGGCUAAGUCUCAGAUCGUGCGAGAGCAUCACUGGCCGCGGGUUGAAGAUCGUCGCAGCAAACUGCUUUGAGCUGCAGGCUUUGAACGUGCAGGAUUGUGAUAUCUCUGUGGAGGCCCUGCAGUUUGUGAAACGCCAUUGCAAGCGGUGUAUUAUAGAGCACACCAACCCAGCCUUCUUCUGACUGACCUCACAGCACCAGACCAGCCCUCCAAACGCCUGACAGUUUAUUUGCUCUUAUUUUCCAAAUCAAAUAUUUACUUCAUUUCUGCACUGUACAAUAAUAAUUAUAUUAUGACAAAGUCAAUGACAAAUACAAUGUUUUUUUAUAGUAUGCAUUUGUACAUUUUUACCUGUCAAACCACUAUAGAAAUCAUUAUCCAGAGACAUAAAUACAAACUGCUGGAAAAAUUAAACAACUUUUUCAUUUGUUCUUACAUUCCUCUGUGGAAUAUAUAAAGGCAAUCAUCUGAA